AUGGGAGCUGCAGAAGGAAGUAGUGUUACCACCACACCCACCAGUGGAGCCACCACUCGAGUCAUACCAGAGACUACCGCGGAAGCCACCACAGCAGCCACACCAAGAAUCACUGCAGAAGCCACAUCACGAACCACCGCAACAGUCACACCAAAAACCCCCGCAGCACCCACCACUGCGGUCUCGAGUGGAGCCACCGCAGGAACUGUCUCAGAAGCUACCACCGCAGCUACCCCUAAAGCCAUCACAGGAGCCACACUUGGAACCUCCGCAGCAGCCGAAACCGCGGUCACCACUGGAGCCACCGCAGGAAUCGCCUCAGAAGCUAUCACUGCAGCCACCCUGAAGCCACCACAGCAGCCACACCAGGAACCUCUGCAGCAGCCACCACCGCGGUCACCACUGAAGCCACAACAAGAAUCGCUUCAGAAGGUGCCCCCGUGGAAACUUCAAAACCUGCUACAAUGGCGGGAGUCGCUUCUCAAACUGCCCCCGCAGCAACCACUGCAGCCGCUGAAGGAGCUGCCGCACAAACACCAGGCAUCUUUUGAUCAUCAUCCGCUUCUCUUUUUUUGA